AUGGGAUUAGGAGGACGCUUUAGUAGGGAGUGUUAUGGGUUGUUUGCUAACGUUACUUUGCAGGCCUCACAGUCAGAUGAAUGGAGAUGGCGACUUGACAAUUCAGGAAAAUAUUAUGUUUGUUCUGUUUAUGAUAUGUUGACUACAGGUGGUAAUUCUACUGUUGAUGAGGCUUCAAAUUUGGUGUGGCAUAAACAUGUUCCGCUAAAGGUUUCUAUUCUUGCUUGGAGGCUUCUUCGGAAUCGGUUGCCAACUAAGACUAACUUGGCGGUUCGUGGGAUCUUGGUUCAGGAUGCGCAUUUGUGUGUGUCUGGAUGUGGAGAGGUGGAGACAGUUCAACAUUCAUUUGUUUCCUGCCAUAUAUUUAGAGACUUAUGGCAGUAUGUUCGAGCUUGGAUUGGAGUCACUGGGGUCGACCCUUUUGAUGCUGCUGACCACUUUGUCUAG